UCGGCCGCAACCCGCACAGUUUGGGGUUGUCACCUCCCCGCUUCGCGAACCUGUAUCCUUGAUCCUCUACCUCUGCCAUAUUGUCGCGGCCGUCGGGUGGUCGAACCGUCAUAUUGUAUCCCGAUCCUGAGCCUCCGACGGACACUAGCUCCGUAACGGAGCACUUCGUCAAGAUUUAUUCCCACAAUUCGCGGGCCUCCCUGCUCGGGGGCACUUUCGAUCCAUCUUUUAGACGCGGUUUCCGUGCCCGAGAAGGGUAUACGAAUGUUCCUCCGAAUCCUCCAAAGCGACACAGGAUGUAUCGGCCAAACUCGCUCUGGACUUGGUCCUUUUGCAUUGUUACCCUCGUCCAAACCAUCAUUACCCUUGCCCUCGAGUCUUAUGUCUUCGCAAACUUCCAGAUCCAACUGUUUCCCAAGGGUGAAGUCUCGACUGCAUCAAAGACUGUAACAACCUUCUUGGCACUCUACUGUUUCGGUUUUAUAUAUGAGUUGAUCCUCGUUUACGAUGCUCUACGCCUCAAGAAUACCAUUCAAGUCAUCGGUCUGUGCGUGUGCAACCUCGGUCUUCUGAUUUACGGAGCGGUGCAAGUCCAGCAGAUCAAGGACUCCAUCGAAAUGCUUGUGGCCGAAAGCGCCAUCACGCUAGACGUGUGGGGGGAAACGGAGCCUUUUCUGAUUAUCAUUCCGUGCGUCGUUGCCAUGGGCUCUGUCCUGAUGAUGAUCAUCGCUUGGAAGCUCUACGAUGAAUUUGCAUGGUCGAUCUACAAGCAUAUCAGCGCCGAUCUGCGAAUGAAGCGCCGGUAUCUUACAUAUCAGAUCUAUAUCGCUCUGCUGAAGUUCGAUUUCUUCUUCUUCCUUGGUUUCACGGUCCAGUUCCUUGUCAUUGUUACGAACAAGACGGAUGUUGAAUUCGGUCUCACAACGGCUGCCAUUCCCGUUACGAUUCUCAUUCUUGUUUGCGCUGCGAUCUUCGUCAAGCGAGAGAGCUCGAUCGGAAUGAUUAUCGUCAUUCUUCUAUACUUCGCGGCUAUGGCCUACUUCCUGUUCAAGCUGGUCCGCAUGUACCAGCCUCAAACAUAUCAAGAGUACCUGCCCGCCCGGCGGUCACUGACAUUCUUCGCUGUGAUCACACUCCUUUUGAUCGUUUUGACAAUCAUCAAUGCCUGCAUUUGCAUGCACAACUUCCACAAGGGUCUGAAGCAGCACGUGCAUAAGAAGAAGUCCCGCGACAAGGAUGAGAAGACAACUGAGUUGUCUUCCAACAUCUCGGGCCAGGUGCCGAAUCGCAUGAUGAUUGACUGAGCGACUUUAGCCCCACGUUAUGAACCAAACACAAUAAAACGACCAAAAAAAGAGGAAGACAAAAAAUAACAGCAAACCUGCAAAUCGGGGGACUUUUUUCUUUUCCACAUUUCUAACCACUGCACA